AUCAAUUAUGGGUUCCAUUCCCAAGAGUUUCCUUCUCCUUCCUCUUCUAUCUGCUGUUGUUCUUCUCAUUGCUUCGGAAGUGGCCGCUCGAGACCUUGCUCAAACUACCAACGAAAUGGAAAACGGUGAGGUGGCUACUGAAACAACCGACGAUGAGCUUGGAGAUGACAAGAGCUACAGUUAUGGUGGAGGAUACGGUGGACGUGGUAAACAUGGAGGAUACAGUGGACAUUCCGGUGGUAAACAUGGAGGAUACGGUGGACGUUCCGGUGGUAAACAUGGAGGAUACGGCGGAUAUGAAAGUUCAGGUGGUAAACAUGGAGGAUACAGUGGACAUGGUGGAAGUUCCGGUGGUAAACAUGGAGGAUACGGUGGACAUGGAGGGUACGAGGCUGAUGUGAUAAACAACGAAGAUUGA